CGCACAUCCCACGCUUUCUGUUCUGCCUGGCCAAGUUGAGCAUUGACACACGAGACACCAAACACCUUCCCCGAUCGGCCCCCUAAUCUAAUCCCCACCCAAUUAUCUCCAAGUCGUCUUCUCCUUCCCCUUCCCCUCCUAACCCGCUUCCACGGAUAUAUAAACGCGCGCAACCACAGCCCACCCAACGCCAACGCAUUCCAGACCAACAACAAGAAGAAGAUCACCGCAUUCCAGAGCAACCACACAUACUCACACACGCAAGAAUGGCGAUCGCCGUGAGCGGGCACUGGACGCGGCUGCGCACCCUCGGCUGCGGCGCGUCGGGCGCCGUGGUCUCGCUGGCGGCCGACGGCGCGUCGGGGGAGCUGUUCGCGGUCAAGUCCGCGCGCGGGGCCGACGCGGCGCAGCUGAGCCGGGAGCAGGGGAUACUGUCCGGGCUCUGCUCGCCGCACGUCGUGGCCUGCAUCGGCGGCGGCGGCGCCCGCGACGGCUCGUACCACCUCUUCCUCGAGUUCGCCCCCGGCGGGUCGCUCGCCGACGAGGUCGCGAGGAAUGGGGGCCGCCUGGAGGAGCGCGCCGUCCGGGCGUACGCGGCCGACGUCCUGCGCGGGCUGGCGUACAUCCACGGGGAGUCGGUCGUGCACGGCGACGUCAAGCCGAGGAACGUGGUGAUCGGCGCCGACGGGCGCGCCAAGAUGGCCGACUUCGGGUGCGCGAGGGCCGUCGGUUCGCCGCGGCCGAUCGGAGGCACGCCGGCGUUCAUGGCCCCCGAGGUGGCGCGAGGGGAGGAGCAGGGCCCGGCCGCCGACGUGUGGGCCCUCGGCUGCACGGUCGUCGAGAUGGCCACCGGGCGCGCGCCCUGGAGCGAGAUGGACAACGUCCUUGCCGCCGUCCACAGGAUUGGGUACACGGACGCAGUGCCGGAGGUGCCCGCGUGGCUGUCGGCGGACGCCAAGAGCUUCCUCGCCGCGUGCUUCGCGAGGAGCGCCCGCGACCGGUGCACGGCGGCGCAGCUCCUGGAGCACCCGUUCGUGGCAUUGCAGCAGGCCGGAGAGGCCAAGGCCAGGUGGGUGUCACCCAAGAGCACGCUGGACGCCGCAUUCUGGGAGUCGGAGACCGAAGACGAAGACGAGGAAGAGGAGGUGUUGUCAGAGAGCCCGUCGGAGAGGAUCAAGUCAUUGUCGUGCUCCGCCUCGGCGCUGCCGGACUGGGACUCCGACGAGGGCUGGACCGACGUGCUCCGCGAUUCGCCAGCAGCAAGCAAGGAGGCGGCUGACGUGUCCAGCAGGGCGCCAAGCAAAGUGCUCGGGUCCCCGUCCCCGGCGGUGCCAGCUGACGGCGUAGCUGUCGUCGGCACCCUUUCAAGUGAUGAACCUGAUGCAGAGGACGAGCCUUUCGGUGACGGCAUCAUCCUGGCCGCUGAUCCUUCAGCCGACCGCCGUCAGAUCGAAGCGUGUUCGGUUUCAGAUGGAGAUGUACUUUCAUCAUCGCGUACACCCUGUAAUAGUAAUAAUCGUAAUCGAAUCGUUGCAAUAGAAAAGUUUCGUUUCCCACAAAACCCCCCGCGCCGUUUCGACAGUCUCUCCCUUCCGUUCCCGCUCUGCUCUGGGCCCGUUCUGAUAGUUCUGGGGUACGUGCUGAGAAAUUUUAUUUCUACCCGUCGACACGGCCUCUCGGCCACGAAACGGGCGGAGGCGCUUCCUUUCCAGCCUACGGGGGCGCCGGCGUCAGCACACGCCAUCCCGUGCGUACGCCUCCACUCCACCCUCUUGAUUAAUCAAUCGAUGGCGUCGCGCGGCAAGAAGAAAGCCUCCCGAGCCGUCGAGUGGGAAAGCCAGCGACGGCGGCGCGGGCGGGCGUCCGCUCAGCCAAAGGGGGAAGGAAAAAGAAAAGAAAAGAAAAGGCGGAGGCCGUACCCGCCCCUUUAA